GAGAGAGUGGAGCCACUCCGUUGACUCCAAGCAGAGAGCGAAAGACAGAGAGGAAAGAGAGGCAGGAGGACCGGAGCGCCGACAUCGUCGGUAUGAAUCAAGUGUAGCAUCUUAGAAUUUCAGAUUGUUUUGCAACAAUAUUUUUUUUCGUUUAAAAUUCCGUUUUGGCGCUGAAUCGGAGACUAUGGAACUGACUGUAUCCAGGGUGCUGAUUCCCAUUGCGCAGCUCCUGGUUUCCUGCCAUAUAGUGGCCUUGACAGAGGCGUACUUCAAGGCCCAGAGGAAAUUCACAGACGACAUCGACUGGUCCUACACAGGCCAGUUGAACCAGAAGAUCUGGGGUAAGAGGUAUCCGGCGUGCAACAAUGCCCGUCAGUCACCCGUCGACAUCGACGAGACGUUCACCCAGGUCCGGGUGGAGUACCAGGGCCUGCAGCUGGAGGGCUGGGAGAAGAACACCCCAGAGACCACCACCAUCAACAACGACGGCAACACAGUGGUGCUAGGCCUGGACGGGGAGUACUAUGUGAGUGGCGGUGGUCUGAGCACCAGGUUCAGGUUGGGGAGGAUGACGUUCCAUUGGGGCCGCUGCAACGCCUCCUCAGACGGAUCAGAGCACAGCCUCAACGGACUCAAGUUCCCCCUGGAGAUGCAGAUCUUGUGUUAUGAGUCAGGCCUGUACCAGUCUAUAGACGAUGCGGUGAGGGAUGGAGGGAGGAUCGCAGCGCUGGCUGUCCUGUUUGAGACCAGCCUAGAUAACAAUGACAACUACAACACCAUCUUAGAAGGGGUCAACAGCGUCAACAGGUUCGGUAAGACUGGGAAUGUUGAGCCCUUCUCUCUGCUGGCCCUGCUCCCUAACUCCACUGAUAAAUACUACACGUACAACGGUUCCCUCACCUCCCCGCCCUGCUCUGAGACGGUGGAGUGGAUCGUCUUCAAACACACCGUGCCCAUCUCUGAGACACAGUUGGAGGUGUUCUGUGAGGUGAUGACCAUGCAGCAGGCAGGCUAUGUGAUGCUGAUGGACUACCUGCAGAACAACUUCAGGGAGCAGCAGCAGCAGUUCUUGGGCCAGGUCUUCUCCUCCUACACUGGAACAGAGGAGGUCCUCACUCCCAUGUGCAGCUCGGAGCCUCAGAACAUGCAGGCGGAUGCCCAGAACGAAACUACCAUCAUGGUGAUGUGGGAGCGCCCCCGUGUGGUGUAUGACACCACCAUCGACUGGUACUCUGUCACCUACCAGCGGCUGCAGGACCAGAACCAGCCCAAACACGAGUACCGCACCGACGGAGACCAGGACGUGGGGGCCAUCAUCCCCGGCCUCCUGUCCAACAGCAGCUAUGUGGUCCAGGUGGUAGCUGUCUGCACCAAUGGCCUGACGGGACGCUGGAGUGACCAGAUUAUAGUGGACAUGCCCCAGGAGGACCCGGAAAUUGAGUCUGAUCCAGACAACACAGAACCUGAGGAUAUAUUGGAACCUGAGGAUAUAUUGGAACCAGUAGACCAGGUCCCAGUAGACCAGAACCCAGUAGAAGAGAGCAGCACCAGAGAGGGUCGCCAGCAGAUUUUCCCUGACCAGCCCUCCACCACUGUUGCCUCCCAGGUGAGCUCUGUGCCGGUACCACCAGGCACCAGAGAUGACCAGAACCGGAUCGACCAGGACCCUGUGAACCAGUCCAGAGUGGACAAACCCAAGAAGGACCAGACCAGGAAGGACAAGAAGAAGCAGCGUAUCCCUCCCCACCGCCCCUUCACCAGCGCUGCCUCCAACGGUAAGAGCGCCAUGUGGGUCACCAUGGUGACCGACCAGCCGGGGUUCCUGAUUCCCAUCUCCCGGACGAACAGCCCGCCGCCUGUCCGCCGGCCAAUCACAGAGGAGGCCUCAUUGUCGCGGUCUCCUCAGCAGAACCGGAACCAAAACCGUGGUUCCGCUGCCCAGAAACCUGACGUUUCCGGUAUCGGCCUGAUACCCCCAGAGGGCGAUAUGUACACCCCUCCGGCGGGGGGCAUGGUGGUCACUGAUGUUUACUACGAGGACGUUGUCAACACCACUGCCUUAGAAUCCGCAACUACGCCAUCUAAAACAACACUGAAAAAACCCCUGGAUGAUAGAGUUCUCAGUCCUGUUACUGCCAGACCUAAAGUCACAAUGAAAGGACAUGACAGGGGCUUGGUUUUGACGUCCAGGCUCUCUGAUAACAGAGUUAGCACAGUGACAAGGGCCACCCCUAUUCAACAGACCCCGGUUUCUGUAACCUCAACCCCCUCUGUGCCCUGGAUCAGAUCCAGGACUUCAAGUCCCAGCAACUCCCUCUCCACGGCCUACGGCUCCUCCACUACCUCAGGCCUCGUCAAGGUCUUACAGCACACCACCCAGCCCAUAUUCACCGUCAAUACCAGCUUUCAGAGGGGGACUUGGGUUCAGCAGCGCACAGAACCUUUCAACUUUCCAGACCUAUACCCCUCUGUCACCCACUCUGAGGAGGAUUCUCUCACACCCUCCCAAGGGGGCUACACCCCCUUGCACCGUUCUCUCAGCCAUUCAGAAGAGACAGCAGCCCUCAGCCCGUCUGUCACCCCCUCUGAAAAAGACACCAUCCUCUCCCCCUCUGUCUACCCCUCUGAAGAGGAGCCCAGGUCGGACAGACAGACGGUAACCUCUCCGGUUGGACAGACAGACAUCAGUGGCUCAGGCUCUGGCCUCUAUGGGGAAGGGGUCAACCUAGGUCAGGACUGGCUGAGAGGGGCGACACUUUCCCCUGGGACAGACCUACGUUCACUCACACCGGCCUCAGCCAUGGACCCAACAGAGGGAGAGACACAGGGAGAGAGCAGCGGUGACUUAGGGGGUCUUUCCUCCAGCUUCUACUUUGAGAGGGAGACUGGUAGUGGUGUGUCCGAGGUGGACAGAGCAGGGGCCAAUCCCCAGGGGUCUGUGGUGCUGGGGGAGGCUAGUGGGUCUGGAGAUGGAGAGGUCCAAGUGGAGCCUGGUAACUCUGGUAUAGAGCUGCAUAUCCCUUGUAUAGAUCUACGUGUCCCUAUUCUCCCUGACAGCAGGGCUGUGGAGGAGCUGAGGAAAGAGAUCAAUAACAGCAGCCAUGAAUCAAGGGUAGAAAUGGUGGGAAGUGUUGCUGAAAGGGAGAGGAGGACAGUGGUCCCUCUGGCUGUGGUAUCCACCCUCACCAUUAUCUGUCUACUGGUCCUGGUGGGCAUCCUCAUCUACUGGAGAAACUGCUUCCAGAUGGUUGACUUCUACACUGAAGACACCGCCUCACCCAAAGUCAUCUCUGCUCUGUCUUCACCUCUGCUGCUCACCACAGAAGAGCACGAGGCGCUGUCAGUGAAGCAGUUUGUGAAGCACGUGGCAGAGCUCCACCAGACCAACACCUUCUCCAAGGAGUUUGAGAUUGUGACAGAGUGUUAUGAGGAGGUGCAGUCAUGCACGGUGGAGAUGGGCAUCACUACUGACAGCUCCAACCACCCAGACAACAAGAACAAGAACCGAUACAUCAACAUCAUGGCCUAUGACCACAGCAGAGUCAAACUACUGGAAGAGGGAAAAGGUGGAGACUACAUCAAUGCUAACUUUGUUGAUGGUUUUGAGCGUACAAGGGCCUACAUCGCAGCCCAGGGGCCCCUGAUGUCUGGAACAGAGGACUUCUGGAGGAUGGUGUGGCAGGAGAAUGUUGGAGUCAUCGUCAUGAUCACCAACCUGUUGGAGAAGGGGCGGAGGAAGUGUGACCAGUACUGGCCAAUGGAGAACCAGGAGGAGUACGGUCAUUUCCUGGUGACUCUAAAAGACACCAAGACCCUGGCCUACUAUACCCUGAGGACCUUUACCCUCAGAGACACCUCACAAAAGGCUUCCCAGAGGGGACGCUGUGCUGAGAGGACGGUGGUCCAGUACCACUACACCCAGUGGCCUGACAUGGGCGUGCCUGAAUACACCCUGCCUGUCCUCUCCUUCGUACGGGCCUCGACCCAGGCCAGGACUCAGGACAUGGGCCCCGUCCUCGUACACUGCAGUGCUGGUGUGGGGAGGACAGGGACCUACAUCGUGCUGGACAGCAUGUUGCAACAGAUCCAGGACCAGGGAACAGUCAACAUACUGGGCUUCCUCAAACACGUCAGAACACAGAGGAACUACCUGGUACAGACGGAGGAGCAGUAUGUGUUUAUCCAUGAUGCCCUGGUGGAGGCCAUCGUCAGCAGGGACACUCUGGUGACCUCUGAUCUGGUCCACUCCUACGUCUCGGACCUGCUGACCACUGGGCCCUCCGGCAGGACACGCAUGGAGAGACAGUUCAAGCUGGUGAGUCAGCGCAGAGCCAGACAGGCUGACUACGCCGCUGCCCUGAGAGAAGGAAACGAUGACAAAAACAGGACCUCCUCUCUCAUGCCGGUGGAGAGAUCCAGAGUGUGUCUGUCAUGUCCAGUGGAAGGAGAAUCUUCAGACUACAUCAACGCUUCCUAUAUCAUGGGUUACCACAAGAGCAGGGAGUUUAUCCUGACCCAGUCUCCUCUCCCCUCCACUGUCUCGGAUUUCUGGAGAAUGGUCUGGGACCACAACUCACAGCUCAUCAUCUCCCUGCCUGACACACACACAGCACAGCGUGAGGGGGAGGAGUCGUGUGCGUAUUGGCCCAGUAAGGAUCAGCCAAUCAGCUGUGAGGGUUUCAUAGUGUCAUUCUCUGGAGAGGACCACAUGUGUCUGGCCAACGAGGAGAGACUGGUGGUCCACGACUUCUUACUGGAGGCCACACAGGAUAACUAUGUCCUGGAGGUGCGUCAGUACAUGUCCCCCUGCUGGCCCAACCCAGACAGCCCUGUCAGCGGCACCUUCCAGCUGCUCAACAUUAUCACAGAGGACAGCAGACAGAGAGAAGGAACCAUAGUUGUGCAUGACCGGCUGGGUGGCUCGGUGGCGGGGCUGUUCUGUGCCCUCGCCACCCUGGCACAGCAGCUGGAGCAGCAGGGCUCUGUGGACGUGUACCAGGUGGCACGGAUGACUAACCUGAUGAGGCCUGGUGUCUUCAGCGACAUGGAGCAGUACCAGUUCAUGUAUAGGGCCGUGUUGAGUCUGGUGGACAGCCAGGAAGACCAGAGGGCCCUACAGUCCCCUGAGACCAACGGUUCAGUUCUCCUGGGGGCCACCACUGCAGCAGAGAGCCUGGAGUCCCUCAUGUAACCUCUCACACACAGAGACACAUACACACACACACACACACUCCAAGGAGCACCACACACUCUGGAAAAUACACUGUGCUCUAUGUUCUUCACUAUCCCAAUCAUCCCGAGAGAGAAUAUUGCCUUUUUUUGUACCAGUCGUUUGCAACGUGAGCUAGCCACUAGUGGAUUGUGAUUAAUAGGCUUAGCUGGCUACAAAAUACAUGAGAUUACGCAUCGUAUUAUCAGAAUAAAACAUACUGUUUGUCGUGUAUGACCACACGUUGCAACUGGCUGCUAGGGGCUGGUAUUCUGUGCCUUUUGUAAUUCAUGUUGUACUUUAAAACUGUUUGAUACUAUGUCUUUGUGACUAAUGCCAAAUGUUCUGUACUCUUGUUUUUGUUUUAAAGGUGAUCACUGUCUUGCUUAAAGUUUGUUUCAGUUUUUGAGUUACUUGAUUUAACUAUCUAUCCCUUUGAAACGUCUUAUUCGUAUGUAAUUACUUACAAGGGAGAAAUAUCCUUCCUAUAUUCUGUCAUUCAAUCUACUGUAUGUUUCUUCUCGCUCUUGUGGAUGACUUGUGUAAAUACUGGUGUUUAACAUGUAGAAGAAUAAGAGAUGAUCAGUUGGAAAGGUGAAAUGAUAUAAUAUUAUCUCAUAUUAUGUAAAUAAUAAUAAUUGACCACUAUCAAAAGGCCAAAUGUAUUUAUACAUCUAGAUUUGAUAUUUUACUAUGAAGAUGGCUUUCUAGCCAUUUACAAACAUUACUGCUGUUUAUUUUCAUCCGCUUUUUUUUCGAGGGGGGGUUGUGGGGGGGGGUAUUACUGUGUUGAUAAUUGAGUUCAAAUAUCGAUAAUGCUUAUUUCUUAUGUUUUGAUCUUUUUUUAACAUGAUUAAGUUUGGACUAUUCAGUAGUCAUAAGAUUACUAUAAACAGCACUGUACAUUUGAGCAGAUCCAUGCUUUUAUUUAUACUAUAAUACAAGAGCAUUGUGGGUAAAAGUUUGAGGAGGACCUGUACAUUGUUGAUGAAGAGAAAUAAAUAACCUAAUCAAAUCAAUUUCACAAUCUUGAUCGUUAAACUGAGAUUGAGUCAGAAACUAUACUUGCAUAUAGCUAUAGUUGAAUUAUACCUUACAUAUACAUGUAGAUGUAGACAACACAUAUACAUAAAGUGUAUGUAGUGCAUAAUUGCCGUGAGAAUAUGCAUGUCCGUCCCACAGGUAUGUUAACAUCAUUAUAAUAUAACACA